UGUGCUGCUGCUACUGAUAGUGCAAAUAUGGCGGCCACACAAAGCAUUUGUAACAACAGUGCAUAUUAAUAUCACAAUCAACACAUAACGGGGUUAGAACAGUCAAAGUUUGGAAAUAGAAUGAAGUGCUGACGACAAAUCACGUCGUGCUGUGGAGUCGUGAUUUCGUUUCGCGAUUCGGUCGGUAGGUAUGACCUUCGCGUAUUUUUGCCUCAGCAAUAAACUGCCAUUUGGAGAUUCGACGAGGCGGUGAGCCUGCGGAUCGAGUUGAGUUACUCCUAUUCCUUAUCGCAAGCAGAAUAUUUCUCCGUUUCGUUCCUCCGUCGCAACCGCGGCCGUCCAUCAUGACGAUUUUGGCAAAAAAGAAACCCAACGGAACGAAGGACAGACGCGAGCCUGGCAACGGAGCCGAGGUUGAUGUACACGGGGUUCAGGUCGAGCAUGGCGCUGGUCCUAUUGCCUUGCAGUCCAACAGUUCUUAUCAGACUAGCGUUGAUCGCCGGGAAGAAAAACACUUUGAGGAGGCCAGUGGAUCGAGCCAUGGGAAACGUCAUCGCCAACGCGCGAGUCCUCACAGCUGUAUUGGCAGAACGUCCCGUUCUAAACGUGAAAGAGAACGAGACAGGGGCCGGGAGAGAGAAAGAGAGCGGGAAAGGCAAGCGACUCCGCCAACAGCAUCGUGCAGUGGACUACAAGGUACAGAUGCUAAUGUUAUUGGAAACAAUCGUAUGGCAAUAGUAGCUGGUGCUCCUAGCCUUGAGCCAGAAUUAGCAAACGGCUACAACAGUGGAGAUGAGUACACAGGUCGCACUGGAAACAAUCUGACCAUUGCGGAAUGGCAAGAGCGUGACCGAUGGUUUGAAAAACGGAUGCGGAAGAUGGGGUUCGUGGUCAAGAAAAUGGGAGAAGACGGAGCGUGUCUUUUUAGAGCCGUCGCCGACCAGGUUUACGGUGAUCAAGAGAUGCACAGUGUUGUGCGAAAGCAUUGUAUGGAUUACAUUGCUGCCAAUCAGGAGUUUUUUUCCCACUUUGUCGCCGAAGAUUUUUCUACCUACGUGGAUAGAAAACGACAAGAAUAUGUCCAUGGUAAUCAUAUAGAGAUGCAGGCUAUGUCAGAGAUGUACAAUCGUAGCGUUGAGCUAUUUUGCUAUGGAACAGAACCGAUCAACAUUUUUCACGGGGUACACAAAAGCGACAACGAACCGAUUCGGUUGUCGUAUCAACGCGGCAGUCACUACAACAGUAUCGUGAAUCCCUAUAAAGCGACAAUCGGCGUCGGAUUAGGUUUGCCUUCGUACAAUCCCGGCGCGGCGGAUCGUGCCCUCGUCUCUGACGCGGUUCGACAGAGCGAAGAAUUGCAUAUUGAACAGACCAUGCUUGAAGACAAGAUAAAAGCCACCGAUUGGGAAGCUACCAAUGAAGCAAUCGAAGAACAAGUCGCGAGAGAAAGUUACUUGCAGUGGUUACGUGACAAUGAAAUGCGUAAAGCUCGGUCAGCUAGCAGCAGCAGCACCAGCACAGUCACCAGUGCCCAGCAUAGCCACAACCACUUUCACCCUCAUGGUGGUCGUGGACAAACGCGUGGGCUAACAUCCUCCCCAACAACGACUCAAGCUAGCCAGGAUUCUGUCCGAAAUUCACCCAAGGUUAGUGACUCGAUAAGGUACAGCAGCAAGCGUUCUCCGCAGCAUCAAUCUACCCAGGGACCAGGUGUGCCUCACCUGUCGUCCGAUUUUAGCGUCGCACCACCGCCCCAAGAACCCGUCCCAGGAAGCAGUAAGGAGUCGCACGCAUCCCCUGACAUAUCGCUGUUCAAUCGCCUCCCCCCUGAAGUUUUUGGUUUGACUGACUGGGAAGACAGUGACAUUCUAUCCCAAGUUCUUGCGACUUCGCAGCAAGAAUAUCUGGACAGCUUAAAGCAGUCGCGGGUACAGCCGGGUUCGGGAAAUGAUGGGAACGUCGUGGUUGACUCGAACAAUAGUUAAUUUGAUAAAAAAAAAAUCGGCUGUUUUUCAAAUUAAAUACGAA